AUGACUCCAUUCCCUACUGUGGACCAAGCUUAUGCCUAUGUUCGCCGUGAAGAUGUUCGACAAGCAGUGAUGAUAGGUCCCCCUACUCGUGUUGGACAGCCCCAUAAUUCCUCUAUUGCGGCCCACCUUCAAAUCCAGUCAUAUGCUACUGCUGCUGGUGCGCCACCUCCUAAAACCAUCACACCUUCCCGUCCCAAGGCUCCGACUGAUGGAAGUGGUUGCACGCACUAUGGCAACCCCAAACAUACCCGUGACACCUAUUUUAAGUUGAAUGGUUAUCCUGAUUGGUGGGAGGACCUCCGCGCUCGCAAGCUCAGAGAAACUGCUAGUAAUUCCAACCGUGCUGCUCUUGUCUCUACCGAACCUUAA